UAAAAUUCCUGCUAGAAACAGAGAUACCAAAUGCGUUGGCUGCUGUUUGCUUUUACCUGCAUGGAGAACUGAGCUUUACAAGGCUGUCUCUCUUACUUGCUGUCUAAAACUGAGCAUCUGGGGAGGGAGAAAAAGCAAAUCUUAGUCUGGCCUGGAUUUGUGUACAUCAGCCAAAUACAAAGAAGGAGGAGGCAGGGGAUGAGGGACUCUGGGAUAAAGCCAGAAUGCUUUUCUCUGUGCUAAGUGUGGAAUGAGUGGGCAGAAUGCAGAGGGCUACUUUGGGCUAUCCAGACCCCAUCCUCCCAUUUAACAAUGACCUGCCCCUUCCACCAGUGAACCGCAAUUCCACCAAUGUGACUGUGUCCAGCCCCGCCAAGAAGAUCACUUUUUAUAAGAGUGGGGAUCCCCAAUUUGGUGGCAUAAGGAUGGCCAUCCACAAGCGCAGCUUUAAGUGCUUUGAUGCCCUUCUGGAUGACCUCUCCCAAAAGGUGCCCUUGCCUUUUGGAGUGCGAACCAUCACAACCCCCCGCGGCACACGCUGUAUCAACCACCUGGACCAGUUGGAGGACGGGGGGUGCUACCUCUGCUCGGACCGCCGCCAGGUGAAACCCAUCAACAUCGAAGGGCCUGGGAGGAAGCCCACACUGUGGCAGGGCAGCCAUCUACACCACACACGCAGACGCCUGUCACAUCUGGAUGAUGGGCCUGGGAGCCAAACUAGCCAGCACUUCCACAGACACCCCAGGCGGAUUGUGCUGGUGAAGAACAAUGACCCUGCAGUCAGGAGAUCUAUCAUCCUGAGCAGGAGAACUGCUCGCAGCCUCAAAGUCUUCAUUGAUGAGAUCUCAGAGCUCAUGCAGUGCACCAUCAGGAAGCUCUAUACUCUAGAUGGGCGAAAGAUUGACACUAUCCAGGGUCUCAUGCAGUGUCCCAAUGUGUUGGUCUGUGUUGGACGAGAACCCUUUCGACCUCUCUUAGUGGAAAGCUUAAGGAAAAACUCAGAAGAGAAGCUCCCAGGACUGGGUGCAAGAUCCCGCUCAAGCUUCUGUAGUGACACUCAUGAAAGCAAGAAAAAUGUCAACUUUGGACUUGAGACCAAGAAAAGCAUAAUCCACCCAAGAUCUGAUUCCAGCAACAGGUCAAUGAGAUUUUCUUUGUCAUCUGAGAAGUCUUUUCCCAAUGGAUUGAACAUGUCUCCAGGCAACACAGGCUGUCCUUCCCACGCUGGAACAUGCCCACAUGUAAAGGAAGCCAUGAUGGAUGACGACAUACAAAAGAGAGUGCUUGUCAACAAAGAUGGCAGCCUUUCAGUGGAGAUGAAGGUCCGUUUCCGUUUGUUGAAUGAUGAGAUGCUUCAGUGGUCAACUGAGAUUAAAAAGACAGUGGCAACCAACAAUGAUUGCUCCUUAGAGAAAGAAGACGAAUUAGGCCCCAUUCAGCAAAGUAACUCUGAAACGUGUUCGGAGGGGGAAUCUCUCUGUCCCUGUGAGGCAGAGGAUUCUUACAUCUCAAAACUUCGCCAAAGACAAUUGGAAGAAUCCCAUUGUCAAAACUGCUGCAAUCACUGCCAAGAGUAUGACAUCUGGAAGAAUCCCAUGCAUUCUGUUCAUUGUGCACGUGAGGCAAAGAGGGCAGUACGACACAUCAGAUCUUCUAGUUCAAGUGCAUCAUCUCAUAGAAUUAUAUGCAAAAAGGCGUCCAUGGAUAGUUUAGUCACCAUGUCAAGUGAAGAAUAUAGAGAGCAAGUUGUAGAACAAUCAUCAUGCUUUACACACACUGUUGAGGAAGGGGAUACUAGAGUGGAAUACUGCACGAUAAGUCGUUGCUGCAGUCGCAGUGAAUUAUGCUCAAAGGCCUCAGUGUCAAAGAGCACGGAAACUCCUGCACACAUUCAAGAGGGAAAGUAUGAGGAUAUUGAAAUAGUUCAUGUUUGUUCAGACAAUGAACAAAAAAGACCUGGAAGUGCCAUUUCUGCUUCUUCUAAGAGCUCAGUACAAGAUAAAGUUGGUGUGAAAAUUACUAAGGUUUUUGAAGAGGAUGAACGACCCCAGUCCUCAAUCAGCAAUUCCUCCAGAGCUUUAGAAGUACUUAAGGAAGACCAGGAUGAGAAAGAUGAAGACAGAGCUGGAAGUACUGCUUCCAGAGCAUCUUCACUGUCUCAAAAUGGCAAGAGAAAUAAAAGAGAAGAACUUGAAAAUGAAGAGCGUCCCACCAGUAUAACAUCUAACUAUUCCGGUAACAGCUGUCACAAUUCAAUAUCACCAAUGCACCAUUUAUCUCCUAGACCAGUUAGCAAAGCAUCAAGCUGCUCCUCCUUGUCUUGCAGGUUAACUAAGAACAUAAACCAAGCUGUAGAUGAUGAUGAUGAAUGUGCACCAAGCCCUAUGUCAACUAGCACAAAAGCUUCAGGGAAUUCACUCAGAAAUUCCAAUAAGACUGAUUGUAUUGUUUCAAACAGAACUACUUCAGCCGCAUCUUCUUUAUCAGAAUUACCCACUGGCAAAGAAGUGGUUGAAGUUGCAGAAGAGAGUGAGAUAAGUGUUGUUAGUGCAAUGUCUGCUAGUAUCACAUCUUCACGAAAAUCAAGAAAGUCCAAAAAAUGUCAAUGUAGUGCUUCUGAAAGAGCAAGUACUCCAGGAUCCAUGAUUUCAGAGAAUCCUGACAUGGAAGCAACAGAGGAGAAGGAUGAAAGAGCAGUUAGUCCAAUGUCUACAAGUACAAAAGCUUCAGCUAAAUCUAGAAAAUCCAAGGGGUCUAUAGAGGAGUGUGAUGAAAGGGCUGUGAGUGCCAUUUCCCUGAGUACCAGAGCAUCUGGCAAAUCAAAUAAGUCACACAAAAGUCACUGCAGCACUUCUGAAAGACCAAGUACUCCAGGUUCAUCAGUAUCAGAGGCAGCGGCCUCCAAGGAAGUAGAUCAAACAGCAGAAGACAGCAAUGAACGAGUAGCAAGUGAGAUGUCAGCUAGCACAAAAACAUCAAGAAAAUCCAAAAUGACCAGCCAGGUUGAGUGCAGUGCUUCUGGAAGAGCAACUACACUAGGAUCAUCUGUAUCAGCAACAGCUGUUGGAAAUGAGGCAGAACAAGCUAUAGAAGAGAAUGAAGGCAGACCUGCAAGUGCCAUCUCUUUGGUCACCAGAGCCUCAGGACAAUCCGAUACAUCCAAAAACAAUCUUUGUAGAAUUGAUGAAAGAGGGCCUUCACCAACAUCAUCUAUAUCUGAUAUGCUAGUUGGCAAGGAUACAGAACAAAGAGAAGAAGAUGAGGAAAGAGCAAGAAGUGCUAUGUCAUUGAGCACUAAAGCUUCAGGACACUCCAGAAGGUCCCAAAAUACUAACUGCAGUCCUUCUGAAAGAGUGAUUACUCCAGCAUCAUCUAUGUCAGAAAAACGUACUGGCAGUGAGACCGAGCAGGUAGCUGAAGAGAGGGUAGAGAGUGCUUUUUCAACAAGCACAAAAGCUUCCAGCAAAAGCAAAGCCUGCAGUAAUUUAGGUGGUGCCAGUGACAGAGUACCAUCAUCUAUGUCUAAGUCAUCAAGCAGCUCAGCCCGUAAGAAUAAGGAAACACUGUGCACAGCUGAUGAUGACCAUCGGUCACCUAGCAAAGCAUCAAACUUUUCUUUAAGCUCUUGUGAGAAAGACAUUGGAAAUGAGGACUGUGACCAUCAAGAAGCUGAUCAUUCUUACAGUGAGCCAUGCUAUGCCAGUGAAGCCAAAGAAGCAGUGGCUAUAGAACCAGAUGAAGAUGAGAGACCCUCAAGCAGUGGUUCCAAAAGCCAUUCAAAAGACAGCAAGAAUAGAAAAGCAAGUCACGACAGGCUUUCAACAGCAAGUUCAAGGAGUGUUUUUAGUACAUCUAGUCAUUCUGCAAAAGCAAAACCAAAAGUACAGGAUCAUAAUGCUGCUGAAAAGGAUCAAAGACCACGAAGUAAUGUUUCCAGUGUUUCUUCAUAUCUGCAUGUCAAAGGAAGUAAUUUUAAAUCCAAUACUAAGAGUGACGAUGAAUCCACUGUUAUGCCAAAAUCUACUAGGCCAAGUAAAAAGGGUUCAAAAAAGCAUGUGGAAAUUGAAGAAAUCUCCAGUCCAAUUUCAGGUCCUAUUUCUGUUUCAUCUCAGAGUUUUCAUAGUCCUACCCCACCAAAAGGGAAGCCUCACAAAAAUAUGAGGCCUGUCAUACUGCUUGGAUCAUCAAAGGGAAGCACUAAAACAGAAUCAAUUUCAGCUACUGAAUCACUAAAGGAAAACAAUGGUAAUAUUAGACCAGCUACUGUAGAAUCAAAGUCAAACAUCUCAGACAAAAUAUUUAGCGGAGCUCUUGAAGUAGCAGAGUGCAGCAAAAAUGCCAGUGACAACAUUGGUGACAAUGGGAGUCGGUGCAAAAACAGGAAAAGAUGCAUUGUUUCACAGCAGCAAAAAGAAGAGCCCAGUGUUCCUGAAUUAAUGCCGUCUUGUUUACCAAAUGCAACUCCAGCAGAAGUUGUCCAUGAAUGGUUGAGAAAGAUACCACUAGACACUUCUAUGUAUGAAGUUGGAGAGGAAUUUCAUGAAAACUGUGAUGAACUUGAAAUAAAACAAAAGCAAAGUGAAAAAAUGGUUGAGCCAGCUUUGGAAGUAGAAGUCUUGGCUGCUGAAGAAGGAAAGCCUGAGGAAGAGGAAUCAAGCAAGGAAGAACAAAAAGAUGUAUCUGAAACAAAUCAUGCCCUAAAAAAAGAGGAGCAAGAAGAGCCACAGCAAGCAAAUACUGAAGAGCAGGUUGCUAGUUCUGUUCCCACUGAUACAAAUAAAGAAGCCUUCCUGAAAAGCUGUCAUUCUUCAGUACAGGUUAUGAAAGUCCUGCUAAAUCCAAGUCAAGGGACUAAACUUGAUAGAUGCAACAGUCUACCUGAAGUAUCGCCAGUAUAUGGACGAAAACUCAGCAAUUCAGCCAAAGAACUAUUGGAUUGCCUUUCUAGCCUUCAGCUGAUAGACACAGAGCCUCUUGAUGCAAAUGCAAAAAGCACAAGAUACAAAGAACUAAUGAACAUUCUUCAGUCUCUCUGGCUUGGAGGUGCCUGUGAUGAAGGCCAGCAGGUGAAGCUGACAAGAAAGUUUAAAGACCAUCAUUCAACGGAUGAUGAAUUCAACCCCAGGUCAUCUUCAGGUGUGGAUGUGAGCUGUGGCUCUGCAGGAUCUGGUAAGAGCAGUGUCACUGGUGUAGUGGAUGUAGUACAGUCAGAAAGAAAAGCAGAAUUGACAUCAAAACAAAUCAAUAUGGAAGACAGAAUAACACCAACACACACGUUCAAGAGACACGAUUCGUUGGCUUUACUGGAAGAAAAUGAAGCGAAUGCAGAUGAACAAAACUCCGGUCUCUCCACACAUAAACCAAGGCUAACUGCAAAGACACCAGCUGCAUUGUCUAACCCAGCUACUCCUGACAUAGCUAGUCGUGUUCGUUGGAGCCAUGAGAAUGAAGGUAUAGGCUCUGAUGAAGAGGAUGAGAGGCAGAGUCAUGAAGAGGAUAAAGAAAAAAUGAACAAUGGUCAAAUCAGUGACAUUACCAAGAAAGAAUCUAAUUCUACCUCCAAAACUUCUGAGAAUGAGUGCAGCAAUUUAACAUCACAUGAAGAAACAGAAACAAACACACAGGAAGAAGAAGCAUUCACAAAGGAUGAAGAGAGACUGAGAAGUGCUGUAACCUCACCAAACCAAAACAGACCACAGACACCACAUAGACAUUCACAAGAUCCUGAUCCAGUUUGGGUGUUAAAUUUAUUAAAGAAAGUGGAAAAGCAAUUCAUGGCACAUUAUAUUAAUGCAAUGACAGAGUUUAAAGUGAGGUGGAACUUAGAUGAUAAUGACCAACUGGAUGCUAUGAUUAAUGAACUCGGAGACGAAGUUCGCAAAAGGAUACAAUCAAGUAUAGACAGGGAGCUGAAGAAAAUCCAGAGCCGAGUUGGUAAGUUACCAAGACCUCCUCAAAACUCAAUGAAAAGAGAGUCUACGGUACAAACUGAACAACGGCGUCGACGCUUAAAGGUCAUGCAUAAUAAAUCCAUUGAUGGAUCUCUUCAAAGAAGCGAAGAUAAUUACACUUACAGUGGAACUGAGUUUAGCGAACAGCGUAGUGAAGAUGAAUACUGCCCAUGUGACACAUGUAUGAAAAAGAAAAUGGCUUCCAGACCUGUGCAACCUGUUGUGAUUGCAAAUGCUCCCCUCAUAAAGGAUUUUGAUUUAAGGAAAAUACUGCAAACAAAGAGGGAAUUUCCUAAAGUUCAAGAGCAAAAUGAAGCUGAGAAAGAGGUAUCUGCUAAUUCUGGCCAGCAGCAUGAGUUUGACAGGGAUGAAAAUCACGAUGCUGAGGAGGAAAAGGAAAGUAUUGAAGGAAAGCAUGAAGAUGGUGAAAAAACACAAACAGACGAUGAAUAUAAUGAAGGUAAAAAAGAAAAUAUAGACACUGUUGAUGAAGAAAUAUUGGAAGGAUCAAAUAUUGCUGAAGCAGAAGGGGUAACUCAAGCACCCCAAGAGAAAAAUGAAGUGGCUGAUAGAGAAGAUGUAACUGAACAGCCAGUAGAAGAGAACAACAGUCAAGAAGAAAGUGAUAAAGUUACUGAAGACAAAAUGGAUGUUGAAGAAAGGGAGGAGAUGCAAGAUGAAAAUUGUGAAACUGGAGAAAAUGAUGAAAAGGGCACUGACCACGAAGAAGGCAACAGCACAGAAAGCCUGGAACCUGAGGAAAACCAUACUGAAACUAAAGCAUCAGAAGAAGAUGAAAAAAGUGUAAAUAAUGAUAAUGAAAAAGAAGAUGUAGCUGAAGAAAGACAGGUAACCAAGGAAGACAGUGAGGAAUUUCCAAAAGAUGAAGAAGGGGAAGCUACUGAAAACCAAGAAAUGGAAAGGAUAAUGGAAGGGGAUGAUUUGAAUGAAAAAGAGAAAACUGGUUUAGAAGAGAAUGAGAAAGAUGGGGAGGCUCAAAAAGAUGACCAAGGAGAAGAAAAGAAGCAAGAAGAAGACAAUUCAAUUGCAGAAAAGGAUGGAAUGGAAGUUACAGAAGAACAAGCUGAAAAUGACACAUGGGCAGAGGAAGAAAAUGAUAAUAUAGAUAUAGAUGGGCAAAACGAAGAAAGGGUCAUCACAGAUAUUAAUGAAACAGAAGGCUCGGGUGAGGAAGAGAGCAAAGAAGCUGCACCUGAUGAAGAUCAAGAAGUUGAUCUGGAAGAUUCAGAUGAUACAGAAGUGCAAAAUGAAACAAAUGCAGAAAAUGAAGAAAGUGCAGAAAGCAAAGCUCAAAAGGAAGGCAUUGACACUUUUGAACAGGAGCAGAAGAGAAACAGGAAACAACUGUUUAAAAAAAUAAUUCUUCUUCAGGCUUUUUUGAGGAAAAGUGGUACUAAAGUAGCUGAUACUCAAGAAGGGGACACUGCUGGCACUGUAAAGUUGGAUGACUGUGACCAGAAAGGAAAUGAAAAGAACGUUUCAGUGCAAAACAAAGGUAGUGAAGAAGAUUCAGAAGGCAACGAGAUUGAGUCUGAAACAGAUAUUAUUGAAAAAAUGGCUGCAGUAGAAACUAAAGAUCAACAUUGCAGUGCACAUGAGGAGACAGAAGAUGAGAACAAGGAGGGAGAGCUAGAAAGCAAUGAAGAAAAAAACCUAACUGAUCAGAAAUUGUCUAAUUCAAAUGAGAGUUUGUGUAAACAGAUAUCAAAAUCAUCCAUCGAGUCCUUACAAGGAUCCAUGGAAAAAUCCAUGGACAAAGAAUUGGAGAAGAAAGUUAAGGAUGCAAACAGUCCCACUGGAAGCUCAGGGAGUUUGGGAGCCAAGUGCACUCAGAUGUAUCCUGAAAGUUCCACUGAAGAUGAGGAUAAGGAAUCUGAUUGUUCUGGUCCAGAAGGAGACACAAAAGAUAUAUAUUCAGCUGGUGAAGAAGAAAAAAGAACGGUAAUUAAAUCCGCCUGCAAAAAUGCCAAGGUUGGAAUAUCAAAAGAGUUUGAACAAGAUGAUUUUGACUUUUAAAAAUAACAUGGGUUUGAUUACCAAAGCUUAUUACAUGAAGCACUUUAUUUUAUUAGGAAUGCUACCAUGAUGUAUAUUUUAUAUUGUCCGGGAAUUUGAGUUUUUAUGUCAUGAAAGUAACUUGUUUCAUGCUAGUUAGGAACUAAAAUGGAAGUUAAAGAGAACUUUCCAGAAAUUAACUUAAGAAAGAAUAUGUUUCACCAAUGUACUUUGAAGCACAGUAAACAGAAGUGGAAGAAAUAAUUUUAUUUCUAAUUAAAGACAAACCUGUUAAUAGUUAUUAGUGAUGUGUGAUAAUUUGAAGUUGAAUUGCUGUACUGAAUUACUAGACAGAUGUUUUACUCACUUAUUAAGUCUUCAGCCUAAAAUAUAUAUUUAAGAAGAAAGGGGCUGAAGAUAGAAGAAAGUUAUUGUUUUUUUUCUAAAGGGUUUUAAAAUAGCAAUAGCCUUUGUAUGGCAUUCUAAUAAUUUUAUUCUGUUGUGCUAUCUUAUGAGGACUGACUCACAUAUACAGUAUGUUCUCUAUACAGUAGCUUCUGUUUAACAUUUUUAAAUGUAUACUUUGUAUAAAAGGCUUAAUGGGGUAUAAGUACUGUAUAUCUGAGUGGCAAUGAAAGUGCUGUUUAUAAAAACUGUAAAUUUUUAACUUAUCUCUUCAGGACACUGUUGAUGAAACCUGUAAUUGGACUAGGAUUGUAAACAGUAGUUUUUAAAAUAUAUUUUGUCUCAAUCUUUAUUCAUAAACUCCUAGAGUACACAGAGAGCUGUUGUAAAUGUAUAUUUUUCCACCAUUCCAAAACAUAUACAGUAAUUACAAAUAUGCAAUAUCCUAAUUGACACACUUCACACUCAACAGUGCAAUAAAGGCCUUCUGAGUGCCCUCCCAAAACAACAAAAUAAAUAUCAGUACUUGGUCCUGAUUACAUUACACUACAUUGCAGUGUUAAUGAUUUUUUUCAUAAAUCGUUCUUCAUAACUUAGAUAUAGUACUAGACUGGAACCCAUAAUCAGAUGGAGAAACUGAGACUGAAAUAAUAAUAUAUAAUGAGAUGUAUUUAUUAAGUGGCCAAGUAAUGAAGGUUUGGUAAUCAUAUUGUUUUUAUUCCAAUUAUUAGACCACCAAACAAAGAAAUUGAGGGAAUUGUUAACAUUUAGGGUAUUUCUACUUAAAUUCAUAUGAAAUUUCCCCAGAUGAAAUCUGGCAAGAUUUAAAAUGUUGUGUCAGAGUUAAAGCCAAACCUAGUUUGGUUGCCAUAUUAGUGUUUACUCACAUUUUGAGGACUUUUGAAAAUUGUUAAAUUCUGCAAAACAUUAUUGAGACUUGAAACUUGGUGGGCCACAUCACAACAUGUGCAUGGUAAAACUUCAUUUAUGAAAAGGUGAUAAGAAACAGGGUUUUGUCAUCACGUUUGUCUUUGAAGAAGACACUUGGACACCUUGACCAAACUAUAAACUCACAUGUUGCUAAACUUGUUAUGCAUUAAUUCUGUUGCACGUCAAUAGUUUUUUUGUGGAAAGUUAACCUCAAAGUACGUUUGAAGCCAUUGGGCAAUUUUGCAGUCACAGUAAAGGAAUAGUACAAUCUGAUAGAAUCAUGAAACGUCAUGUAAUCCUAGAGCUCACAUGGAGCUACAGUUGAAACUGUAAAUGAUACCCUGUGUCCAAGACCAAAUAUGAAUUUGUUGCCAUAUCGUAUUUAUCAAGCAAAUUUCUAACAUGUUCCUUAAUGUUCUUGCCCAAAUGGACCAAAAUUAGGUGUACCUAAACUUUGUCGGGUUUCCUCUGAAUACUAACAAUAUUAUAGCAAAAGAGAAAAAAAACAUAGACUUUUCGGUGAUGAUAUGUUGCUAUCAGUUUUUCAUAAUUUAUUUUUCUUUAUACUUUUUGGGGUUAUUUGAAGGAAGACUGUCAUAAGCACUUUUAAGGAAAAGCUGGAGUUGAAUUUACUGAUUAUGUAAUGCACAACAUAAUUAAUUUACAUUAUUAAUGUAUUGAUCUGUAUUUCAUUUUACAUUUCAUUGUCCUAAAGAUUUGGACUACACUAGUGUAAAUUCAGUCAGCUGUAUUUCCUCCAUUAAACUGAAUCUGUAAAUUAAUUUGAUUCCUGAAGAAUUAUAUACUGUUUGUUUAUCCUUUUAAAGAUUUUGUAGACUUACAGUAUAUAUGUACUGAUUUUCCACUUUCCAUUGAAGGUACAAAAUAGUUAGAGUCAUACGGUAUAUGUUUCAUUUUAUUUUAAUGUGAAAUUACAGUUAAUAACAGUGAUCAUUCCCAUUUAACAGAACAAAUGCAUUGUUUUUCUUAAAGAUAAUAACAUCUAAUUAAUAAAACCUAUUAUUCAGUCAUUAGAUAUUUCUAUUUAUAAUUUAAACAUGACACAAUAAUUGAGACAAUACACAAAUAUCUGUAGCAGGACAUACAGUAUACUGUACAUACAAACUUCAUGUACUGUAUAGAAGAACUGGAUAAAAUGUCAUUCAUAGAAAAUAAUUUCCAUAUUGACAGAAUAUAUACAGUAACUUCUAGGAUGGGCUAGGGAGCUGCUUCAAGGGUGAAGAAGGGGUAGAGGGAGGGAUGUGAAAUUGAAAUUUGCAAGCAAGAAGUGUGAUAUUUAUACAAUUAAACUUCUGUUUAAACCUCCAUACAGUAAAUGAGAAUGAUGGACCAAUUGGCCACCUCUGAACAUAACAUCCUUAUGUUCUUAGGAGUAUAUAGUGUAACAUUAAGCUGCACAUAAAAGCAUGUGCACGUCUUGUGGUGAUUAAAUCAUGCACUUUAAAGUCAUUCUGAUUUAUUAGUCAUCUGAAUUUUGCUUCAACAUUUAUUGCAGUUGCACACUAGUGCUGUAAUUUAGGAGCAUAUGACUGUUUAAAUUACUGCUAUGAAACCAAGCUGACCUCCGUAAACUUCACAUAUGAAUACUAAGUCAAAUAGUUUCUUGUUCUCUUGUGUUGAACGUGCAAUGACAUGUAAACGGUGAAAUAACCAUGCUUCAUAGAACAUUGUAGCAGUUCAACAGUUCUGGAAAACAUACUAUAUGUACACAUUACCACUACAGAAGCCUUUGAAUAAGAAGGAAAGCUAUGCCUUAGCUCACUAUAACAUGCAUCUUUUUGUUCUAAUCCUGAAAAUUCACAGAGUAGGAUAUUUGGUAGUGUGAUGUAGGUAUUUCUCUUCAUCCAUAAAUAAAAUGGUAUUGCACAGCAAGGUGUGGUGUAAAUCCUGCGGGAUUUAGUUUUACACAAUAAAGUCAGUACGAUUUAUCAAACAAAACAUACAAAACCAUGGUGCGAUAAUUUCUGAUUGAAUUGCACACCAGAUGUUAUCAAAAUAUUAUAAUCUGCCAUUGAAUGUGAUGCUCUGCACAUUUGGCAAAACCAUAUGUAUCAAUUGCUUUUUUUAAUGGUUAGAUUAAUGUUAGCACUGCAGUGUAUUUCUAACUGAAAACCAUAGAAUAUUCAGAAAAGGGUCAUUUUAGUUUUAAGCAUGUACCCUGUCCAGAUUUCAGUUGUGCUUGUCUGCUACAGUGAACAUCUAUCAGUGUUAAAUAUUUAUUAAAGUUCCAAAGAACCUGAAAACCUUUAUGACCAUUUCAGUUUUCAAUAGAGAAUUAUUGGAUGCAAGAUAUCUUGUUUUGUUUUGAAUUCAGAAAUGUUUAUUUUCCUAUAUCCAUAUGCCUUAGGUACUUUGUUAACCGGGAGAUUGAGAUUUGUUUCUGCAAAUGAUACGUUAUACUUGGUAUCACAGAGUUACGCCAAUUUAACUAUGCUUAAAACACAACUAACGAAGAGUUGCAAACGGCAAAAUACUGUAACGCAACGGGGGUUCAGGCGGGCACCUGUGCCGCAUUAGGUCGUCCCCGCACCGCCCGGGGCUCGAACCCGGGACUCCCACGUUUCUCUGCAGCGACCCAGCCCCGUGAGCUAAAGAGAGAUCUCUCUUCAGCCCAGUAGCUGUAGUCCUGCUAUCACAGGGAAGGGCGGUGACGUCUCACUGGAGACAAAUACUUACAGUAAGCAAUUUAAAGCAUUUAUAAUAAUGUAUUUCUUUCUUACACCCAGAUGAAUUUUAUCAGAAAAACCUUUGUUGGGUAAUUUCCUCAUAAAUGUAUGGCAACACUUUUGGAAAAUGUGGAACUGCAUCCAAUAAUUAAUUGAAUUAAUUGAUUAAUGUAAAAGAAAGUUGCCAAAGUCACGAUGGGUUCUGUACUGCUUUAAACAUUCUUUGUUCAAAUUGUUUAACCUGAACCUGGUUAAUACAAGUGGGUCAUGAACGUUUUACAUAAUUGUGUGCUAACUUCAAUGUACUGUACACCUUAUUUGUCUGUAACAACAACCCCUAUGAGCAAAUUAAACAAACACUGAUAAUUUUACUUAAAUAAAGAAUA